CCACCUGUUAUUUUACUCCGAGGCAGCAACAUGGAUGCCUCCAGUGAAGUGAGACCUUUGACAGUUCCCCAUCUACCUUCGCUACCCAAUUUGAGGGUACUGUGUAGCACAAAUUAUGCCAACUGUAGGCGACCGACUGGACUUAUUUACCGGUCAUCGAGGCCGGACCUUUUAGAACCCAAUGACUUACAGAAGUUCCGUGAACUUGGGAUUAAAUGCAUCAUUGAUUUUCGAGGAAGAAAAGAGUAUGCAAAUGCUACGGGAACAAAACCUUUGGAUGCUGAUUUUGAUUUGUACCACAUUAAACUUCCCACCGGUAGUGGCAGGAAUUAUAAACCGAAAGAAUGUGUGAACUUUGUGCCUCUGGAAAAGAGAACUUGCAACAAGAACAAGAGUGUACAGCUGACAAUGAGAGAUAUCAGAAGUUCAAAGUACAAACAACCACAUUUUCUUCUUGAUUUCUUCGCUGGCAGUUAUGUAUGGACAAUCCUGAAUCGCGCACCUUGGUACAAGAAACUGUACUCCAUACUGUUCCUUCUUUAUGAUUUCGUGUUCAAUACAGGCUACAAACACUUUGUAAGAUUUUUUGUGAGCAAUGUACUUAAUUGCACUGGAAUAAUAGGGCAGUACAAGGAUAUGGUAGACCUCAGUCAGAGGAGUAUAUGUGCAGCUCUGAAGUUAAUGUGUGAUGAAGCCAACUUUCCCAUCCUCAUCAACUGUGCUCAUGGGAAAGAUCGUACUGGAAUUGUCUCUGCACUUAUCCUUUCCUGUAACGGCAAAUCCAAACAGGAAAUUGCUGAAGAAUAUGCCAAGUCCGAGACCGGGGUGAUUCCCAUGCGUGAGAGGAUGAACAAGGAGAUUGUGGAGAGGUACCACAUGAGUGAAGACUUCCUGACCGCCAGGGCCGACACCAUGCUGCAGCUGCUCAACUACAUUGAACACAAGUAUGGCUCUGUGGCAACUUACCUGGAGAUCAUCGGCUUUGGAGACACCGAGCAGGAGAAACUGAAAAGAAUUCUCACAGGAGAAGUUUGUAUACCACAGUGUGAAGCUGAUCCCGAUACACUUUGACCUAUCAAAGGGUUGACUUCAGAUCUUGACCAGUCAUUAUUCUGAUUUCAGAUUAGUAUGGGCCAGUCAUAAUUGAGGCGUGAUAUGGAUAAUCAGUAUGAAGUUUUGGAAAUAUAUGAAUAUUAUUGAUUUUAUGCAUUUAAUUAUCAGUGAUUAUGGAAUAUUGUUUGUUAGUGAUUGUUAAUGUCAUCUGUUGAACAUGUUGAAGCCAUUUGACCGAUUUAUCAUUCCUUUUCUAAUGAAAGAAAAUCAAACGUGUGCACUGAAAGAUGAUUAUAUUGUUGCAUUCUCAACAUUUAAUUCUUGCGUGUUCAUGUUACUAGAGGUGAAACGAUACAUCGGUGCAUCGUGAGUUUUCAUGCGCCGAUACGAUACAUGAUACGUUUUUUCUGUAUCAAUACAAGAUGUGUUGUAAUUAAGUUCACGACUAAAAAUAGCUGCAACUAACAUGUAUCUAUAGCGAGCUUUUCCUUUUGAACCUGCUCUGAAAUAUUUAUGGCCAAGACAUUUCCACUCGAUUAGACAUAAAUAUGCACAUCACGAUGUGCAUGGUAUCGUAACCUUUGUAUCGUAUCAUGACCUUGCUGUAUCGUUUCACCUCUUCAUUUUACUACAUAUAAUGUCAUGUUGUUGAUUGUUCAUCUCUAGUGCCAGAGAGGCUGAAGUAAGAUGAAGUUGCUGUUAUUUUAAAAAGAUUUGUCAUUUUUUAAUUAUGGCCUAGUUAAGCCAUACCACUAAUUAAAAUCAUUCUUACAUAUCACCGUAAGGACAUUUGCGGCUAGAUUGCAGCAUACCGGAUACCAUCGGCCACUUUGGUAAGGGGGUACGCGUGAGCUUCUUCCUUAGUAACGGUUUCUAAGUUUUUCAGCUGUCUCGCUAAAUUAAUGGGGUUUUGGCCCCCCCCGACACACACACACAAGUAAUUGUAAUGAAGGCUUUCAUAAGUAAAUGUCUUAUACAGACACCAGAGUUAAAAAGAAAAAUGCUACAUGUUUAUUAGAUAUGUUGAAAUGUAGGCCCAAAACAUGUAUCCGAUGAUGUCAUUUUUGGUCUUGAAGUUUCGAGUAAUUUUUCAAUGCUGAUGUCUGAUUUCUGAUGUUUAUGAAUAACUUUGAUAUUCAAUUUCAUCAUGUUCAUGGUUCAGUCAUAUUGAACCAUACAAAUGUAUGAGGGGUCAGUUUUUGUGCUUAUUUUGAGCUUUGUUGCUCUAUUUUUUCGAAUAGUCUAGCUGUCAUGUUCCACUUUUUUGAAAUAUCAAACAAAUAUGGCCGCCAGGUAUCCGGUAUAAUGCAAGCACCACAAUUGCCUAAAAUGAAUUAGUGCUACCUCUGAUUGGGACGCAUACUAUAGUGCCAAACUAAUUACAUUAAGUAAUACGUUACCACUGUUAUACCGAGGCUGUUGUCUCCCACAACUGCUGUUAUAGCGAAAUC